UUUGCCCGUCUGCUCUACUUUAAACCCUCCUCUCGUCUAUCAGCAGAUGGCUCCCCCGAAGGGCAAAAAUCCGAAUCCUAGCGGGUUGGGCCGUGCAAUUAUUAAUAAGAAGGUCAAGGAUGCUCAUAGAGCACGGGAGACAGGCCUUUAUACAACAGACAUCGAUCCGACGACUCGAUUGCAAUCAAUCACGCAGGAGCGGGAUCUCGACGAAUUUCUCAACACUGCACAACUUGCUGGAACGCAGUUCACGGCUGAACGUCGCAAUGUAAAAAUUAUCAGUACACCGGCUGGGUCGCGGCAGAAUCCUUACCUGCUCACUGAAGAGGAGGAGAGGGACACAUUACAAAAGCAGCAGGAGAACCGUCAGAGGCUGCGCGUGCCAAGGAGACCUCCGUGGACGAAGAACAUGACAGCAGCACAGCUGGAUAGGCAGGAGAAGGAUGCAUUUUUAGAUUGGAGGAGAGGACUAGCCGAUCUCCAGGAACGGGACAGAUUUCUUCUCACUCCAUUUGAGCGCAAUAUAGAAGUCUGGCGACAACUCUGGAGGGUACUUGAACGCUCUCAUCUGAUCGUACAGAUCGUGGAUGCCCGCAACCCACUGCGCUUCCGGUGUGAGGACUUGGAGUCAUAUGUCCAGGAUGUUGAGGGCGCGGAAGGCGAGGCCGGUACGGGGAAGGGAAAACGACGGAGCCUUCUCUUGAUCAACAAGGCGGACCUGCUGACUGCCAAGCAAAGGCGCAUAUGGGCAGACUACUUCGAUUCACAAGGGGUCCUAUACGCUUUCUUCUCCGCCACAAAUGCCGCCGCUCUACAACAGGCCCGCCGAGAUGCCAUCGCAGUGGAGGAUGCCAGUGUCUUGGAAGAGGAGGGUCAUAGCAGCGAUCAACAAGAGGAUUCUACACAUUUGGGGCCUGGUGAGGAUCCCGAGGUAUCCGCGCAGAAUGCAGGCGAAGAGGAGAGCGAGUCCGAAGAAGCGGAUGCUGUUUCAUCAUCCGACUCCGACUCCGAUGAGGAUGAUUUCCAGCCGUCAAUCGAAGAAGAUCCCCAGGAUUUGAGAGUUAAGGUUUUGUCAGUGUUGGAGCUCGAAGACUUGUUUGUCAAGUCGGCGCCUGAUUCAGCAUCAUUCACCGACUCAUGCGGCAAUCACCCUACCCAGCUCGUUGUUGGUCUUGUUGGAUAUCCCAACGUAGGCAAAUCGAGUACAAUCAACGCUUUGCUUGGUGAGAAGAAAGUCAGUGUCUCGUCAACGCCUGGGAAGACAAAGCACUUCCAGACGAUCAACCUUUCUCCCACCCUGAUGCUAUGCGACUGUCCUGGUCUCGUGUUCCCUCAAUUCACAACCACGAAAGCGGAUUUGGUGUGUGACGGCGUGCUGCCCAUCGAUCAGAUGCGGGAGCAUACUGGUCCCAUCGCUCUGGUGGCGAAGCGCAUGCCGAAGAAAGUCCUGGAUGCAAUAUACGGCUUGAAUAUCAAAGCGAAAGGGGUAGAAGAGGGCGGUGACGGACAGAUUACCCCGGAAGACUUCUUGGUUGCAUAUGCCAUUGCGCGAGGGUUCAUGCGGUCGGGCCAAGGGAAUCCUGACGAGGCGCGUGCCGCGAGAUACAUCCUCAAGGACUAUGUCAACGCAAAGUUGCUAUACUGUCAUCCGCCACCGGGAGUUCCAGAAGAUGAAUUCAACGAACAGACCCGACAAUUGUCCCUCAAACGUGCGUUGGGCAAGAAACGCGCGCCUACGACUCGUGUCACGAAAGGUGCCGACACAUUCGUGGCUCAGAAUGAUCCGGCGUUGAUGCUUGGGUCAGGCGCAAGCACUCUCGUUCCCGCCGGCGGCUUUGUCUCGGGCCCGAGGUUUGGAAACCUAGACCAAGACUUCUUUGCGAACCAGUCGUCGCUGUCUUCACGACCACGGCUCCAAGGCUCAAUUCGGCACGGGCAGGAGGUCACGCGGAUGCAGCGAUAUCCUCAUCAGAAUUCCGUCGCAGACGAUGGGACCGCGCUGUCCGGGAGAAGGGCGAGAAUUGCAGCAGUGCUGGCCAGUGCGGGCGACCUCGAUGCGGGAAAGAGACACCAUAAGAAACCAAAGAGAGUCAAACAGCGGAGCGGAAGAGGUUAUGAUUAGGCUCGCAGCUAGUACCACCCUGUAUCCGUUCGCGAUGCUGACUGCACGGUGACAGUCUAUGUAUUGCGUGAACUUCUUCAUCAAUAUUGUGGCGUGCGAAUUCGUCC